CUACACUCUCUCGUUUUACCUCAGAGGCGGCGCAGAGCGGAGCGGCCGCUGCCGCCCGUCUCUCGCGAUGGGUUCGGAGAAGGACUCGGAGUCGCCGCGCUCUACCUCCAUCCACGCGGCCGCCCCGCCGGCGAAAUGUCCGAAGAGCGGCUCGGUCCAAGGCGGCGGUGGCACCGGCACCACCGGAGGCGGCGGAGGAGGAGGAGGAGGAGGAAGAAGCGCUAGCAACACCGCCACCAGCCGGGGCCGCCGCCGCCUCCUCAGCUUCCAGAGCGUCUUCUCUGCUGCCGCCUCGGCCGCUUCGUCGUCGGCCUCUGGAGCCGGGGUCCGCCGCCGCCGGGCCAAAGCCAAGGCCAAGCCGGAGCCGCCUCAAGCCAAGCCCGCCCCGGUGGUGGAGGAGGAGGAGGAGACGACCGCCCCGGCCGCGGCGGUAGCAAGGGAAAGCGCCCCGCCGCCGCCGCCGCCCUCCUCGCCGCCGCCGCCUGCUCCGUCGACGGCCGUUGCCGGGGAGGGCGAUGCGGCCGCCGCGUCGUCGUCGUCGUCUUGUGCCGCGGACUGCGAGGAGGGCGAGGAGUCGCCGCCGUCGGAGCUGGAGUGCCCCCUGUGCCUGGUGCGGCAGCCGGCGGGCAACGCGCCGCGCCUCCUCUCGUGCCCGCACCGCUCGUGCCGCUCGUGCCUCCGCCAGUACCUGCGCAUCGAGAUCACCGAGUCGCGCGUCAACAUCAGCUGCCCCGAGUGCAGCGAGCGCCUCAACCCGGCCGACAUCCGCCUCCUGCUGCGCGACUCGCCCCACCUCGUCGCCAAGUACGAGGAGUUCAUGCUCCGGCGCUGCCUGGCCGCAGAUCCAGACUGCAGGUGGUGCCCGGCCCCGGACUGCGGUUAUGCUGUUAUUGCUUAUGGGUGUGCCAGCUGCCCCAAACUGACAUGUGAGAGAGAAGGCUGCCAGACUGAGUUUUGCUAUCACUGCAAGCAAAUAUGGCACCCCAACCAAACUUGCGACAUGGCCCGCCAACAAAGAGCACAAACUCUGCGGGUACGGACAAAACACACCUCAGGCCUGAGUUAUGGACAAGAAUCUGGUCCGGCAGAUGACAUCAAGCCAUGUCCGCGUUGCAGUGCCUAUAUCAUAAAAAUGAAUGAUGGCAGCUGUAAUCACAUGACCUGUGCUGUGUGCGGCUGUGAGUUCUGUUGGCUGUGUAUGAAGGAAAUCUCUGAUUUGCAUUACCUCAGUCCUUCUGGUUGCACAUUCUGGGGCAAGAAGCCAUGGAGUCGUAAAAAGAAGAUUCUCUGGCAGCUCGGAACAUUGAUUGGUGCCCCUGUGGGUAUUUCCCUCAUUGCUGGCAUUGCUAUUCCAGCCAUGGUCAUUGGCAUCCCUGUUUAUGUUGGGAGAAAGAUUCACAGCAGAUAUGAGGGAAAGAAAACUUCCAAGCACAAGAGGAACCUGGCCAUCACCGGUGGUGUAACUUUGUCUGUGAUAGCAUCGCCUGUCAUUGCUGCUGUCAGUGUAGGAAUUGGAGUCCCUAUUAUGUUGGCCUAUGUCUAUGGAGUUGUGCCAAUUUCUUUGUGCCGAGGUGGUGGUUGUGGAGUUAGCACAGCCAAUGGAAAAGGAGUUAAAAUUGAGUUUGAUGAAGAUGAUGGGCCAAUUACAGUGGCAGAUGCUUGGAGAGCUCUGAAGAACCCCAGCAUUGGGGAGAGCAGUAUUGAAGGUCUCACUAGUGUGCUGAGCACGAGUGGAAGCCCUACCGAUGGACUCAGUGUCAUGCAGGGCAACUACAGUGAGACAGCUAGCUUUGCUGCACUCUCAGGAGGCACUCUGAGUGGUGGAGUACUUUUGGGUGGAAAAGGAAAGUACAGCAGGCUUGAAGUGCAGGCUGAUGUGCAGAAAGAGAUCUUCCCAAAGGACUCAGUCAGCCUUGGAGCCAUCAGUGACAAUGCCAGCACACGAGCUAUGGCAGGCUCCAUCAUUAGUUCUUACAAUCCCCAGGACAGAGAGUGUAACAACAUGGAGAUCCAGGUGGAUAUAGAAACCAAGCCAAGCCAUUACCAGCUUGUUAGUGGAAGCAGCACAGAGGAUUCUCUCCACGUUCAUACCCCGAUGGCAGAGAAUGAGGAGGAGGAAGAAGCAGAGGAGGAGCAGGGACAGAUGUGCAACCACCAAAGCUGUGAGCAGAAAGACUGUGUGGCCAGCAAAACCUGGGAUAUCACUCUAGCACAGCCUGAAAGCAUCCGUAGUGACUUGGAAAGCUCGGACAGUCAGUCGGACGAUGUGCCCGACAUUACCUCGGAUGAAUGUGAUUCCCCCUAUCCCCAGACGGCUGCCUGCCUGCAUCCCCCAAAUGCCAGCGGUGCUGAGAGCCCAAGUGCCCAUAUUGGCCAGUGUGCCCAAGCAGAGGGACGCAGGCCGGAGGAGAUAGUCUCUACACUGGAGUGCAUUGAGGCCCGAGUAUGAGGCCGUUCCCUCCUGAGAAGAAGCACACUGAUUGUUACUGCCUCUACUAUGGUGAGGACAAUUAUGUCCUUGUUGGCUUUUGUUUCUGAUUCCCCAGACUGCUGCCCUAUCUUGCCUCUGGGGAAAUAGCAUUUCUUACAUGAUGAUAAUAAACCCUUGAUCUUUUCUUUUUUUAAUUUAUUGGUUCAAGCGCUUGGUGAUGCUCUGUGAGUUGUGUAAGAGUGUAUAUAAACGUGUGCGUGUACAUCGUAUGUCUGCCAAACAUACGGCUAAAGAACGCCUUUAAUAAAGAUUCCUGUUACCAUUCAAAA